AUGCAAAAGUUAACAACUCGAAAGGACUUGUCCUUCCUGUCAAGCCUUAUCGAUUACUACGCGGAUGGGAUGAGGUUACCAGCCGCGGCAGGGUGGUGGUCUCAAGGUGUCAACCGACUUUUCAAAACAGCUGCUCUUGCAACUGCCCUCCGAAGAAUAUCACUAGCUGAUAUAACGUUCGCUGUGCAACAAAUUGAGAAGGCCUUGAGAGGGCUUGGAGAGUUUGCAAUCCUUCAAGUGUCUGAAACACGUUGGUCAAUCACGUGCACCAUGAACACAUCCACUGCCCAAGGCGGCUCAAUUGCCCGCCUGGACUUUGCGAACGUGAAGAUUGAGAUUGCUAUUGCAUGGCUGCCGCAUUCGGUUUACAGAUUCAGAUAUUUAAAUCCUUCCAUUUGCCCCUCACUGGCAUAUGCAUCACAUAUUCGGGUUAAGGAACCGGACUUAGGGAAUUAUCUAACCUUGGGAGAUAGGAUAGGCCACCAAAUGAUGUUCAGCGCUAGAAUGAGCACGAGGCGCGAGUGCUUUAAGGUGGGGUACUACUAUUUCGUUCCCACAUCUAUUUCGAGGCAAUCCUUCUGUGCACGGCGCUUCGCAACGUUCCCACCGACGAGUGCGUCCUUGAGGUGUAAACGAGUACCAACAAUCCCUCCGAACCAAUAUUGCGGUAAUCUAUGCUCAUUCUCCACCCUUCGAGCUGCUGCGAUGUCUGUCUGGAGGUUUACAACUGGGGUAACACAGCACAAUUGCCCCAUGCUAUACCCUGUGGCCAUCUGCCUAACAUCAGUCACUCCGCCAAAAUGCCCUUUGUGCCGCAAAACAUUCGUUCCUACUACUGCAAAGAAGCUGCAUGUUGACCGCCCUGCGCCAUCGAAGCAGGAUGUGGGGGAGCUCGAGUUGCUUCGGAGGCUGUCGCUGUCAUGGUCGACGUCGGCAGACAGUCGGCAAGUACAAGUGCUGAAGGAAGUAGAUGCAUGGUUGAGGGACCGGCCGUCGGAGACGGCAAGUUCUUGCGCCUGGGUAUCUGCGUGGGCCCGCGAGGCGGUGGACAAGUGCCAAGCAGCCGUUAGGGGCAGGGAACAAGACAAGACGACCAUCAAGCAGUUGAAGAGAGAGAUCAAGGACCAUCGGAAGCGAAUGCCGCUUGACCAUGACGGGGACGCUGCACUGGUCGCCCAAACUAACAAAUCUAAAAUAUUUGAGGAAAAGCUAGCUCAAUGCAACGCCGAGAUGCAUUGCCUGCGGAUUGAAAUGGAGAGCUUACGGACUGAAAACGACCGCAUGGCUUCGUUCAGGGAUUUCAUCGUUCCCAGCUACAAGAAACUACAGGUCCGCACUGACUGCCUCGAUGAUGAAAAUCGUGCUUUAUUCCGUGAGCUGCAAGACGUCAAGUCAUUGCUUACAGAUACACAAUCUCUACUGGAGGUCAAGGAUGAGGAGCUAAAGACGGCGCCCCCUGCCGUUAUUCGGAAAGUUACUGCCCUGAACCACGAGAUAAUGCGAAUGGCUACUCUUCUCGGAGAGUUGGUCCAGACGACGGAGACGGCGGAGGUGAAGGAGACUACUAGUUGGAUGCUAGACAAGCGAUUGGCAAGUUUCCUGAGCACCAAAUUGUUGAACAGGCGCGAAUCUGGUUGGUCAGGGCCCGAUGUACUACUUGUUGUGAUAGUCUUCCGGAUUGCCAUUACGAGAUGGUGCCAGAUCAUGAUUACUUCCUGGAAAGCCAGCGAUCAGUUGCUAGCGGACUCCGGGGAAUUUCUCGAUAUUCGUCAAUUUGAUGAUCCAACUGUCUGUGGGCAUUGGCGGUCGAACACCCGGGCCCAUUUUCGGCGGUCUUCAUUCGACGAUUUGAACUGGUCGGAGGGCUUAUUACAGGGAUUGUGCGACGUCCUCGAUGUCGCUGGGUGGUCAAUUCGAGAGCCAGAUCCAUGUCUGUUUGAAAUAAGACUCUCACUUCUUUUUGCGGCCGUGAAGAAUUUGCGCAUCGCUCUCAGGGAAGGCAUAAAGUCCAUUGACUUGGAGGUGGCUACCAUCGAGGCCGGCACUGUCUUCAACUCCGCCUUCAUGAACGCAGAUCCGAUGUCGUCGCCCUUUAUAAGUAGCCAGCAGGAGGGUGCGCCUGAGACGGUUAUUGGGACAACUGGAUUUGGACUGUGGGCAAAAAAAGGUCCCCUCCACCAUUUUGAGAUGGCCUUUUUGCCGAACGUCAUUCUUGAGGGGGUGCUGAGCGAUUAUGAGGGCAUCAGUAUUUCUACACUCCGCUUGUCACGACUUGUUUGGGCUUUUUUCGACUCGUACGAGCCCAAACGAGUCGAAACGAGCCACAAGUCGCAAGUUGACAAGUAG